AUGUCGCGACGCCGUCAGCCUCGUGCGCACAAAGCAUCUGGUACAAUGCAGUGGGUAACAGCUGCUGCGUUACCACUAAGUCUGGGUGUCAUUGCUUCUGUCGGCAUGCGACGUGAGCGGCUGAUCUGCUCUGCAGAAUACUCUACAGCGUCUGAUGUGAUACACGAGCUUCUCGCAGUGUUUUUGAACGAGUCGGUCUGGAAACACCGAGCUCAAGAGACGUGGCUUCGGCAAGCAGCCGAUUAUAAGGCUGUGGAUCCAUUCACACGACUGUUGUCGACGACGGCGGCUUAG